AUGGAGUCAUUGCAGCAGCAGUAUUGGGCUCAGUACGAAGAAGCUGGUGAGCUUUUCAUGCAUGGUUCAAUUGAAGAUGGGCUGACGCUGUGUCUGGAUCUUCGACGCCAAGUCAAAAUGGGACUUUACCUCCGAGCCAUGGUCAACGCCGCUCUAGCAAUAUUCUCAGAGAAUGCCGUUGACAAAUCUGAGUAUGCAACUGAGUGUCUUGACCUUUCCAACAUGCUCCACAAACAAGCACCAGACGAUGAGACAGCAUGGCUCGUUAAGCACGCGGAGAACCUCAUGAGCAAGACUAGUAGUUCUCAUAUCGAGAUAGAGGAGGACCAAGACUUAAAAGAUGACCCGGGAAUCGUGACAGAGUGCUUCGGAUCACCAACAGAGGUUGACAAGCCAAGUAUCUCCUGGGAGGGCAUGUUCACCAACCACUGGAAGGCGGCUAAGCGAAGUCAGCAAGAUUAA